CACUUGCUGGAUUAUUGUCAGUUCUCUAUCUCAUCGGGGGAAGGCGUGUCAAUCCUCGGAUCACUGUGCGCCCCUUUGUCCUCCGCCGGUGCCGCCUCAGCCAGCGACACUCAUGGCGGCUGCACCCGUCAGGCAGCGCUCCGGGCCGGGGGGACCCCGGGCGCAGCUCCCGCCCUGCUACUACGAAGGCUACCUGGAGAAGCGAGGACCGAGAGAGAAGGCGUCCAAGCGUCUGUGGACGUGUCUCUGUGGGAACAGCUUGUAUUUCUUCAACAACGCCAAGGACACACACUUUGUGGAGAAGUUGGACCUCCAUGGGUUUGUUUCCCUGAAAGACGACUGCAGUCGGGACCGGAACCUGGAGGCAGCCAGGCUCAUCCUGCGCAUGAAGGAUGGAGAAACCAAGCUGACAGCCCCCAACCUUGAGUCCAGGGAGCUGUGGAAGGGUUUCCUCUACUCCGUCAUUGAUCUGAACGUCCCGUCAUGCCUCACCCUGUUGCCUGGUCAGCUACAGAUGUUGAAGGAGGUGGUGGACAAGGAGAGGUCCAGAAGGAGGACCCACGCUCCCACCCGCGCGCCCCCUUCACCCCUCUCCGUGCCUCUCGUGGGAGAGAUCCCUCCGUGUUUCCGCCCGGUGUCCAGGACCGAGGCGGAGGUCCUGCUGGAGCGACACCCCGACUGUGGCAACAUGCUGCUCCGGCCCGGGAGAGACGGCUGCUCGCUCGCUGUCACGACACGACAAGAUCUGAACGGAUCCGUGUUCCGACAUUACCGUGUGACCCAGAGAGACCAGGGAGGAUACGUGAUCGACGUGGAAAAUCCAAUUCCCUGUGCAACACUUCAUGAAGUGAUCGAUGCUCUGGUGGAGAAGACAGCCGGGACGCUCCAGCCUUUCCUGCUGGAGGAGCCAUAUGAGGAGAACAUCACGUAUGUGUCUGCGAACGACGAGAACGGCGAACGGAUCCUCCACACUGCUCCUCCCAGCCCGCUGCGAAAGGUCCCUGCACUGCCACCAAAACAAGACCGCUGGCCCAGCAGCCCCCUGACGCGGUCUCCCGCCCCGGACCGUCGAAUCCUGACCUCACCUGUGCCUGCCUCACCCACCAACCCCAUGAGACGACUCAUCCUCUCACCUUCACCCCUCACUCAGACCCUCAAUGAGGAACUGAAAGUGAAGCUGGAGAAGCGGCGAGCCAGUCAGGACUAACUUCCUCAUUUGGAGAAACUCCUCACCACCACGACGUGCUCAUCAUGUGCCUUCACAGCGGGAUCAAGAGGAUGUCUAUUGUUUUCAUAUCCCUUUGUGUGGUGUGUAGUCAGAACUGCGACAAGAAAUGAAGUUUUGACUGCGACAGCAAAGAUAUCAGACUCCUCCUUUUGUAUGAGUCGAGUAUGUGUUUUGUACGUGCUGCACAGCAGGAAGAACUGCCACACAUAUCAAGACAACCGGAGAAAAGUCGACGUGGAAAUGUCUCAAGGCAGAGCUGAGCAGCACAGUUGAGUCGACCUGCAGCCUCAGCCUCCUGCUCUGGGCUCACGGAGGAACCAUUACUGUGCUGUUGAUUCAGUAUCCCUGGUGUUUAACUGCACCGCUGGCGCUUGUUUUGCUUUAUUGUUUCGUGUGUAGAGUCCAAGCUGCAGUUCUGCCCGACAACACUAAUCGUUUGCGCUACCUUCUUUUUUCAUAGGUUUAUAUUUACUGUGACAUCAUUGACAUCCUGGUCAUCAUGACUCCAUGUGCCCUACCUCGACCUUUGUACAGUUUAAUACAGCAGUGCUGCGCCAGGUUUCAGUCGACCGUUGCCCUACAUCAAGCAUUACAAUGAAUGCAUGAAUGUAAUUGGCUGUAUGUGUUUUUCAU